UCAAAUUCGUUGUUCAAUCCUCGGCUCGGCCGUGGCUGCUAGCUGCCUGCCUUUAAAUCCUUCCUUCCUUCCUUGGUAGCACUUCUGCCCUCUACAGCUGCAUCUGCUAAUUAAGUUGCUAAGCCAGGUGCAGGUCCAGGUGGUGCCGUGGUGGUAGUAGCAGUAGUAGCCAGGGCAGGAAUAUCUAUCGAUCGAUGAGCAGCAGCAGCGGCGGCGAUGGGGGUGGGUACAAUUACUCGGAGGAUUGGGUGGUGAAUUCGCGAGGGAUGCGGCUCUUCACCUGCGCGUGGAUUCCCAAGGAGAGCAGUAGAGGCGUGGUUUGCCUGUGCCAUGGGUACGCGGUGGAGUGCAGCGUGACGAUGCGCGGCACGGCGGAGCGGCUGGCCAGGGCGGGCUACGCCGUCCACGGCAUCGACUACGAGGGCCACGGCCACUCCGACGGCCUCCAGGGCUACGUCCCCGACCUCGACGCCCUCGUCCGCGACUGCGACUCCUUCUUCUCCACCGCCACCGCCUCCUUCCCCCGCCGCAGAUUCCUCCUCGGCGAGUCCAUGGGCGGCGCCGUCGCCCUUCUUCUCCACCGCUUGCGCCCCGACUUCUGGACCGGCGCCAUUCUCGUCGCCCCCAUGUGCAAGAUCGCGGAGGAGAUGCGGCCGCACCCGAUGGUGGUGAGCGUGCUGAAGGUGAUGACAAGCAUCAUACCGACGUGGCGGGUGGUGCCGACGAAUGACGUGAUCGACCUGGCAUACAGGAUGCAGGGGAAGCGAGACGAGAUCCGAGGGAACCCACUGUGCUACAAGGGCAGGCCCCGCCUCAAGACCGCCUACGAGCUGCUCCGCGUCAGCAUCCUCAUCGAGUCCACCAUCCUCCCCCACGUCUCCCUCCCCUUCCUCAUCCUCCACGGCGCCGCCGACCGGGUCACCGACCCCUCCGUCAGCGACCUCCUCUACCGCUCCGCCUCCACCACCGACAAGACCUUCCACCUCUACACCGGCAUGUGGCACGCCCUCACCUCCGGCGAACUCCCUCACAACAUCGAUGCCGUCUUCCGCGACAUCAUCGACUGGCUCCACCACAGGACAUCCCCCACCUCCGCUUCACAUGUGCAGGACCACGACUUAAGUACGUCUUUCGAGGCGGAGCGCAAGGCCAAGCACGACGACACCAUCCAUUGCGGCAAGCAAACAUCAUAGUGAUCACCUACCUACUAUAUAAUAUGGCUAGCUAGCUGCUAUACUUACUAGCAUGUAUGUCUUUACUAUACUACAUAUAUCCUUUUAAAAAAAUAUAUAAUGCUAUUGACUUUUAGACUUAGUCUUGUUUGAUCAUUGUCCCACAUGUCGGUCAAAUUGAGCCAAAGUUUCUUGAUUAAGGUUUUGCCUA